GAAGGCCUGGACACCGUUGGACUCAGAACCCACUUAUGCUUCUUGCAGUUCAUGGGGGAGUUAGGUGAGAGGCCCUACUAUUGCCCAGCCUUUGGCAAAAAAGCACUCACCAAAGAUACUGGGAUUUUAUCUCCCAACCUUUGACUUGCAAUUCUGGGAGUUACAGUCUCAACACAAUGGGAGGGAUACCAAUCUGGGGAAUACUAAUAUAUUCCUGCAGGUAUUCAAAUAGGAAUGCUGUUCCGGGGGGGGGGGUGGCUUUGCACUCUCUAAAACAACAUUUCUCAACCUCAGCAACUUUAAGCUUGGUGGCUGGGGAAUUCUGGGAGUUGAAGUCCAGACAGCUUAAAGUUGCUGAGGUUGAAAAACACUGCUCUAAAAGCUUGUAGGGUAUUUCUAACUGGGUUUGUUUCAAGGCCUCCUUUGGACCCCAACAGUAUGGCUGAAAAUGCUUUGAAUGAUAGUGUCUGCAGGUGAACAGCAAUACUGGACUUCCAAGGAGGUAGUGCCUGGAGACCAGCGGAGAGCUGCGUGGUGUUAACCUCAGUCAGCAUGUACCACAAGCUGCAGCCCCCUGAGCCCCAGUCUCCACUCAGCCUGGAUCUGGAGGACAAAAUGGGCAAAGGGGCUGAUCGAUGGGCUGAGGCUGGGUCCCCAACCGAAGCUGCUCCCCACCAGCUGGGCUUCGUGCCCAUGAGCGGACGGCUCCUGAAAUCCGAAUCGGAGGACUCUGGUGUGGAGAUGGCCAGCAACGAUCACUCCCCUUCGACCCCGAUAGGAUCCGAGAAGAGCUUUUCUUUGGACUGCCUAGAUGGCUUCCCGCUGUCAGGAGAAGAUGAUUCUUGUCCAGCCCCUCAGGAGGGUGGCCCAAAGGAAGACAGGCCAGAGGAACCGGUGCCCGCUCAGGAUCGUGCCUACCGACGGAAUCUCUCGGUCAGCAAGAAGCUAGCCCAGGUGGUCCAGCGGUCCCAGAAGCACCGCUUGCCUGUCCGUUCGCCCAGGCUGCUGACCCAGAGACCUCGGAGCUUGGUAGAUUUGGAGGGGUUGAAGUCCUGCUACCCACACCGGCCAGUGAGCGUUGAUGGCUCUCUGGAUGCUGCUUCUGGAGGACGUAGACAAGCUGUCUUGGGCUGCAGCACCCCCAAGGAGCAGCCAAUAGAAGAAGAGGCGCAGCAGCCAUCAUCCCUCCCCAUGCCAGGACAGGGUCUGCGUUACCUGGAGCACAUCUGCCAGAUGCUGGAGAAAAUUGCCCAGCUGCAGAGAGCCAACAUGCAGCUGCACCAUCAGCGUCAAGUACUGGAGUGCCGGAUCCGGGGCCAGGAACUGGAGAAUGAGGGCUUUUCUGAAGACAUUCCAGAGGACUCUAAGCUGCCUCAUAGGGAUCCCCAGCCUGGUGAUCCAGCAGCCAUGGAGAUUGAAAAAGAAGAAGUAAAUCCCAGUUUUCUGGACUCCUGGCACCCUCACCUCUUCCGGACCAACUCUGCUUCGGACACACGCAUAUUGCGGAGACAAACUCCUAAUCUGGGGAACAAGAUCGAUUGCUCUAGGAAGACAACAGCCCACUCUGCCAGCUCGCCCAGCCUACUGGAUCAGCUAGAUGGCAACUCUCAUACUUUGCCACCAGGCAUGAAGCUUAAGAAUGACCAUUCCCACUGGGGUAAAGUCAAGGUGCUGAUCAACAGAAUUACCAGGAAGUCUGCACAAACCAAUGAACUGACCCCAUCUAGCGACACUACAUCCAACAGCAGGCACUGUCGAGCAGACAUUGUAUUAGACAAAGAAGGAUCCUACCCAAGGAGGCAUUUUCUGCCCACCCUGGUGGCAAAAAAACAGCGAUCAAAACAUCUUUCCAUGGGGUGAACUUCAAGUUCUCUUGGAGACACGGCAGAUCUGCAAGUCCUGAUUUGACCCUGUUGGGCCAAUAACUGUCUGUCCCUUCCUCACCCACUUGUCUGAAUCCACCAGCUUCACCACCUGCUUCACUAAUGGAAUUUGAAUACUCUUCAGCAGAAGAUUGAUGAGGAGCAAGAGAUAUCCAGGGAAGAGUUGAGACACACGAGACCUGUUUUUGUUUUCUUUGAAGUGAAAUGAAAUGAAAUGAAAUGGAGGGCCUUGGGAUUCUUCCUAGCAAAAAGAAGGAAAAAAGGCCAGAUGUUGCUAGUAUAUCCACUUCCCAUGGAUCCUUUUUGGUCCUGGGUGGGUGUAACGCUGGUCCCUUGCAAAUCAGCCUUUGCAAAUUGGGAGCCUUCUCAUUUCUGGAAUAAUUUUCCCUAUUCCUUUCUAGUACUCAUCAAGGUUUCACGCUGCAUGUGGACCAAUGCAGUAACGCAAACCAUCGUUCAAAAUGGCUUGGUGACCGUGGUUACUAUACGGAACCUGGUUUGCUAACGACCAGAGUUUGUUUCAAUGUGCACAUUCGCAUAGCUGAAUCUUGAGUUGCAGUUCACGGUUUGAGAGAAACUACCAGUAUUAGAUUAGCACGGGGUUUUCACUGCAGUCCUCACCAGUUUCAUUUUUUUAACCCACUGUUUGGGGCUGGUCCUCUGGAGAAAACUGGUUUUACGCUGUACACUGAUCUCCAAAGUAUAAUUCACUUGGCACCCUGCUACUGUGUGUCUCUUCAUAAUGGCCUUUCUCUUGAGAUUUGAGGUUAUUGUUUGCUUGGUUGCUUAGAACUGUUGAUAUGAAAUAACUCAGUGUUUUGCAGACAGAGAAGAUGGAGCACAUCUUCUGUCACCUCAUGUCCAUCGGGAAAUCCCUGCACUGCAGAAUGUGAAAUGACUUACUGGUCUUCUCUGCCUUUUUUUAAUUAAACAAAUCUGACAUUCUCUGAUUUUUUUUUUUCUUUCUCUCUUUCUCUCCCUUCCCCCCCUUUCUUUGGUGCGUGCCACUGUAUAAUUUCACAGAUGGAGCGGACCCUGUAUUUUUACAUGACUUAAAAGUCACAUGUAUGUGCGGCUGGGAGGGUGAAUAUAUUCCUAAUGUAUUUAAAGAAGGAAAAUAAAACUUUUUGCAGACUUUUAAA